AUGAGGCAACAGGAAGAAAAAAAGAAAAAAAAGGCAAUUUCUCAACUUCAACUUAUCGCUUAUCAUAACUCGACUCAUAGAGACAAUCUGAUUCCUCUCAAAAAGUCGAUUCCAGGGGUAUGGAAGAACAUCAGAACCGUGGACGGGAUUCUCUCGAAGGAAGGAAUAAAUAUUAGUGAAAAAUUAAAGGUUACGGUGGGCGACGGUAAAAACACUAAGUUUUGGAAGGAUUCUUGGUUGACUAAUCAGCCAUUAAAAAAUAUCUUUCCAGAUCUUUUCCGUUUAGCCAAGCAUAAAGACUCUUUCGUAGCGGCCUAUUGGCAGGGUAUUGUGAAUCAGCCUUUAUGGGCUUGGGAGUGGAACAAGGAUCCGUCGCUUCCUAGUGAAUGGGAAAACUUGAGUGACCUUAUGUCACGGUUGGCUAGUAUGGUUUUAAAGGAUGGUAAAGAUAUUUGGAAAUGGGAUAAUGAAGAAGGAGUGCCGUUCUCGGUGAAAGCUAUUCGGACGGAGCUUUGCAAUCAGAGACAGGAUCAUUCGGAUGGGCCGGACUUCAAGUGGAACAGUUGGGCUCCAUUAAAAGCUAACUAUUUUGUAUGGAGAGCUCUCAUGGGGAAGGUGGCCACCAAAAACGAGCUGCUGAAACACGGCAUUCAGAUCCCGGAUCCGCUUUGUGUUACGUGCGGCUGUGAUGAGGAGAAUGUGGACCAUCUCUUCGCUAAAUGUCUGACGGCUCGGAGUAUUUGGUGGAACGUGUUCUCGUGGCUGAAGAUCCCUUGGCAUCCUAACCUUGAGAGUCUGCAGGAAAUUCUCGAGAUGUUGCAAAAUAGCCCGGGGGCUAAAACUUGGAAAAGGCUUGUCCAUUUGAUUGCAGUGGCAACCAUAUGGAGAAUUUGGAACAUUCGGAACAAAAGGAUUUUCGAAGGGGAAGGCGUUUGGAUUCGGAAAGCGGUUGACUUGACAAAGAGGAUUCCUUCCUCUGGUUAUCUAAUCGAUCUAGGAAGCCUGUGCCUAAGUGGGAAAGUUGGAUAG